AAUAUUAUUGGACAUUAAUAUUUUAUAUUCAUCUCUUUGUUUAACAGAUGUUUCAACAAUUGAAAGUUCUGAAACUCAGUUGGUGUGUGUCCCUGUCUGAAUGUCCUGACUUUUCAGGAGUUCCUCGCUUGGAGAGGUUAUAUCUUGAUAAUUGUUUUGAUUUGGUUAACUUGCAUGAAACCAUUGGAAAGCUUCAGCAGCUCGAUUACUUGAACUUAGUCAAUUGCUUUUCACUUGAGAAACUCCCAAACAGUAUUUGUAGGUUGAGUUCUCUCCAGAAAUUUAUUCUCACUGGUUGCCACUCACUCAACGAGUUGCCUCAGUCUAUUGGUGAUCUAAGAAAUUCUUUGGUUGAGCUUUACUUGGACAAAACAAUGAUUAAAGCACUGCCUGAUGGUGUUGGACUGUUGAAGAAGGUGGAGCUGGAUGUGGCAGACUUCGAUACAUACCAAAGCUUCCCUCGAGUUUAAUUGAACUUCGUGUUCUUUGCAAAGCAUUGGUAAGCUUACCAGACAUGCAAAACAUGAAAAAG